CACGUGGAGCAUAGGACUGGCAACAGGCUGAGGCACCGGCUAGAGCCCAACGAUAAGCAGUGAAACGGCCAGGAAGGGGGACAGCGGCUGUACAGCGGCGAAAAGCAUACAGGCAGGAGGAGAGACAAGAGACGGUCGACAUGACACAAGUCGAAACACAAGUGCAAUAUAGCACCACCUACCACAUGCACUCGGAGGAUUACAUGAUCCAGGAGGAGGACUGGGACAGGGACCUGCUGCUGGACCCUGCAUGGGAGAAGCAACAGAGGAAGACUUUUACAGCCUGGUGUAACUCUCAUCUGCGUAAGGCUGGUACUCAGAUUGAGAACAUCGAAGAGGAUUUCAGAAAUGGGCUGAAGUUGAUGCUUCUGCUUGAAGUCAUUUCAGGUGAGAGACUGCCUAAACCUGACAAAGGAAAAAUGCGUUUUCACAAGAUCGCCAAUGUCAACAAGGCUCUGGAUUUUAUCUGCAGCAAGGGAGUCAAACUGGUCUCUAUUGGUGCUGAAGAAAUUGUUGAUGGCAAUACAAAGAUGACCUUGGGUAUGAUCUGGACAAUUAUUCUGAGAUUUGCCAUCCAGGAUAUUUCAGUGGAAGAAACCUCAGCAAAGGAAGGCUUACUCUUGUGGUGCCAGAGGAAGACUGCCCCCUACAGGAAUGUCAAUGUGCAAAACUUCCACAUCAGCUGGAAAGAUGGAUUGGCACUGUGUGCUCUCAUUCACAGACACAGGCCUGAUCUCAUAGACUACUCCAAACUGAGAAAGGAUGACCCAAUUGGUAACCUGAACACUGCUUUUGACGUCGCUGAGAAGUUCUUGGACAUCCCUAAGAUGCUGGAUGCCGAAGAUAUUGUUAACACCCCCAAACCAGAUGAAAAAGCCAUCAUGACCUAUGUUUCCUGUUUCUACCAUGCCUUUGCUGGAGCUGAGCAGGCUGAGACUGCUGCUAACCGAAUUUGCAAAGUUCUUGCUGUCAAUCAAGAGAAUGAGAAGCUAAUGGAGGAAUAUGAGAAACUGGCCAGUGAGCUUUUGGAAUGGAUUCGUCGCACCAUCCCCUGGCUAGAGAACCGUGUGGCUGAACAGACCAUGCGCGCCAUGCAGCAGAAACUGGAAGAUUUCCGUGACUACAGACGUGUGCAUAAACCCCCACGUGUGCAGGAAAAAUGCCAGCUGGAGAUCAACUUUAAUACCCUACAGACCAAGCUGAGGCUCAGCAACCGCCCUGCAUUUAUGCCCUCAGAGGGCAAGAUGGUUUCGGACAUUGCAAAUGCAUGGAAAGGCUUGGAGCAAGUAGAAAAAGGCUAUGAGGAGUGGCUGUUGACUGAGAUCAGGAGGCUGGAGCGUCUUGACCACCUGGCUGAGAAGUUUAAGCAGAAGUGUGCCUUACAUGAGUCAUGGACAGCAGGUAAGGAAGAUUUGCUUUCACAGAAGGACUAUGAAUCAGCCUCUUUGAUGGAGAUCCGAGCACUGAUGAGGAAGCAUGAGGCCUUUGAGAGUGACUUGGCAGCCCACCAGGACCGUGUGGAACAGAUUGCAGCGAUUGCACAGGAGCUCAAUGAGCUGGAUUACCAUGAUGCUGCCACUGUAAAUGCCCGCUGCCAGGGCAUCUGUGACCAGUGGGACAACUUGGGCACCCUCACUCAGAAGAGAAGAGAUGCUUUAGAGCGUGUAGAGAAGUUGUGGGAGACUAUUGACCAGCUGUACUUGGAAUUUGCCAAGAGGGCAGCCCCUUUCAACAACUGGAUGGAUGGAGCGAUGGAGGACUUGCAAGACAUGUUUAUUGUGCACAGUAUUGAGGAGAUCCAGAGCUUGAUUACAGCCCAUGAACAGUUUAAGGCCACCUUACCAGAAGCAGACAAAGAACGCAUGGCCACACUGGGCAUCCACAAUGAAAUUCUGAAGAUUGCACAGACCUAUGGCAUCAAGUUAUCUGGUAUCAACCCUUACACUAACCUGACAUCACAGGAUAUCACUACCAAGUGGGAGACGGUGAAACAGCUGGUUCCUCACCGAGACCAAAUGUUACAAGAAGAAGUGGCCCGCCAGCAAGCAAAUGAAAGACUCAGGCGCCAAUUUGCAGCUCAAGCCAAUGUCAUUGGACCCUGGAUUCAAACCAAGAUGGAGGAAAUUGGACACAUUUCAGUGGAUAUGGCAGGAUCUCUGGAAGACCAGAUGAACCAGCUAAAACAAUAUGAACAGAACAUUAUCAACUACAAAUCUAACAUUGACAAGUUGGAGGGUGACCAUCAGCUCAUUCAGGAAGCACUCAUCUUUGACAAUAAGCACACCAAUUACACUAUGGAGCACAUCCGUGUGGGCUGGGAACAACUUCUCACUACGAUUGCUAGGACCAUCAAUGAGGUGGAGAACCAGAUCCUGACGCGUGACGCCAAGGGCAUUAGCCAAGAGCAACUGAAUGAGUUCAGAGCUUCUUUCAACCACUUUGACAGGAAGAGGAAUGGCAUGAUGGAUCCUGAUGACUUCCGUGCUUGCCUUAUCUCCAUGGGUUAUGAUCUGGGUGAAGUGGAGUUUGCACGCAUCAUGACCUUGGUCGAUCCCAACAAUACAGGUGUUGUGACGUUCCAGGCUUUCAUUGACUUCAUGACCAGGGAAACUGCGGAGACUGACACUGCUGAACAGGUCAUGGCAUCCUUCAAGAUCCUUGCUUCAGAUAAGACCUACAUCACAGUGGAAGAGCUGAGACGCGAGUUGCCCCCCGAGCAGGCCGAAUAUUGCAUCAGCAGGAUGACAAAGUAUGUGGGUGCCGACAGUGUACCUGGGGCUCUUGACUACAUCUCCUUCUCCAGCGCCCUCUAUGGAGAGAGUGACCUGUAAGCCUGCACACCACCAUGUCCCCUUCCCUGCUCCCCACCCCCAGAGAUGAAAAUGAUGGAAUUUGCUGCUCUGAUACCUGAAAAAUGAAAGCUGUUGAGUUGAUAGUAUAGUAUAGCUGUACCUCAUCUCUGCCAUCCAUUAAAUAAAUGAAAACAUUGUUUCAA